ACUGGGCGUGCCUGCUCGCAGUUCGCAAUCAUGGCGGACUACAAAGAGGCUCCUUUGGCUACACGGCCAAAAACAUUAGAUCCAGCCGAAUAUUUUAAUCUUUCACACGAUUACAGACGGGCUGAGGAGGAUAGAGCAGCUCUGAGGGCUCGACUGAAGAGGCAAUAUAUGGUGCAACUAAACAAUCCUCAUCGGAAAGAGCUUAUCGAGGAUCCUGCUCUUACACGCUGGACAUAUGCACGUACCAACAACAUAUACCCCAACUUCAGACCGACUCCUAAGACUUCUUUGCUGGGUGGCUUGUUUGGAGUCGUACCCCUCUUUGUUUUGUACUUUGUGUUUAAGACAGACAGGGACAAAAGAGAGGCCAAAAUAAAGGCCGGAACCUUUGAACGCCCCUAUAAGCUGUCAUCUUGAGAGCAAGUUGUUGUUUAACUGUUUAUUGUAAUCAAAGUACUUGUAAUUAUUAAAUAAUAAUAAAA